AUGGCUUCCCAAGGCCCUCCUCCAGCUUCCGGGGGUGGUACUGCUGCUGCCGGCUCCCCCCAGGCACUCAACCAGAUUGUUAUCGAAUACCUUUCGAAAAAAGGUUACUCAAAAACAGAGGCCAUGUUGCGGGUUGAGUCUGCCCACACAGAUCACGAAGGAAGGCCAAUUCUAAGCAGCUUGGACGACCAACCUGAACUAAAAUACGAAAAGAGCUACUCACAUUUGAAACAUUGGAUCGAUAAUUCUUUAGAUCUCUAUAAGCCCGAGUUGCGCCGCCUUCUCUACCCAGUAUUUGUACACUCCUUUCUGGAGCUUGUCAAAAGUGGCUAUGUAGUUCCCUCGCAGACGUUCUACAAGGAGCAUGCCCACGAACAUGAGAGCACUCACGGUCACGACCUCAAGAACCUCAAAGCGCUCAGUCUUCCACAGCAUAUCGAGGAUGACCAACUCGCAAAGCUUUACCGCGAGAACAAGUACCGCGUUAUCCUCUCGAAGACUACGUUUACUCUCCUAAUGCACUUCCUUGAAGAAACAAAAGACGCCGGCGGCAGCGUGAUCCUGAGAUUUAUCAAUCAGCGCAUUGAUAUUAAGACAAUUUCCGGUCGACCGACCAUGUUUUCUACCGCCGGUGAUGACGAGGGCAUGCUCGGUGAAGAAGAGGGCAUUCAAGGGCACACCUCAGGCCAUCUCAACCGCGGGGGUGUUCUCCCAAGCAUAAAACUCGGUCAUCUACCCAUGGAUAAAGAGCUCAUGUCUGAUGUUGAGGAGGAGCUUCGUGAAGAGGACGCCCGAAUGAAAGACAGUACUAGAAAUGAGGAAUUAGGCGUCUCUACCGGAGGUACCCUUAUUGAGGAAUUCCAAAAAAUUAAACGAGAAGAAUCCGAGGAUUCGCCAAUGCGCGAUACUAUCCCACUCCCUCCAUACACGGGAGUCGAUGUUGAGCGUGAAGUGCGCCUGGUGAAGGAGUCUCGUGACAAGGUCCGCCUCGCCGGCGUGCCCGCUCCUGCAUUACCCAGUGUCUGCAUGUAUACUUUUCACAACACCCACGAUGGUCUUAAUUGCGUCGAUUUUUCUGAGGAUUCCACUCUAGCAGCUGGUGGAUUUGCCGAGUCUUAUGUCCGUAUCUUCUCUCUAAAAGGCGCUGCAUUGCCGUCUAUUAUUCCUGCAGAAAAUCUUCCCUCUAUUCCCAAAACCAGACGUCUGAUUGGCCACUCUGGCCCUGUGUAUGGCGUUUCGUUCUCGCCAGACAACAAGUACCUCCUUUCCUGUAGUGAGGACAAAAGUGCACGCUUGUGGUCUCUCGAUACCUUCACUGGACUUGUUGUCUAUAAAGGUCAUGAUAAUCCAAUCUGGGACAUCAAAUUUGGCCCCUUUGGUCACUAUUUUGCAACCGCCUCCCACGAUCACACUGCAAGACUCUGGAGCUGCGACCAUAUCUACCCCCUUAGAAUCUUUGCCGGCCAUCUGAAUGAUGUGGACACUGUUGAGUUCCAUCCCAACAGCGCCUACGUCUUCACAGGCUCUUCCGAUAAAACCAUACGCAUGUGGGAUAUUCAAACUGGAAAUUCAGUGCGCCUAUUUACUGGACACACGGCGCCCGUUACUGCGCUUGCUGUCUCUCCAGAUGGAAAGUGGCUUGCGUCUGCGGGUGAGGAUUCCGUGAUCAAUAUGUGGGAUCUUGCAUCUGGGAAGCGACUUAAGACUAUGCGUGGCCACGGGAAGACCAGUAUCUACUCUUUGAGCUUUUCUGUCGAAGGCAACGUAUUGGUCUCUGGAGGCGCAGAUAUGACCGUGCGCACCUGGGAUGUUGCCUAUGGCACUGGAGCGCCGACUGCGGACGCACCAGAGGGAACUGGUGGGGUGAGUGUCGGCGAUGGGACGACCAAAGUGGACGGCGUUACGAAUGGAGCCGGCAAGAUAAGGAAGGGUGGGAAAGAUGUGGUUGCUACCCCUGAUCAUCUGUCUGUCUUUUACACAAAGAAGGCACCAGUGUACAAAGUCCAGUUUACAAGGAAGAAUAUGGUUCUCGCUGCUUCAGGGUUCUUACCUUGA